AUGAUUGAAACUGGUAAGAAGCAGGUCGUUCAUCGCUCUCGGUUUGUGAAGCUUACGCCUGGGAAUAUAACUGCACUAGCGUUCUCGCAUCCUAGCACUGAUAAAGUAGCUCCAGCGGAGCUGAGACUAGCAGUGGGUAGGUCUAAUGGUGACAUUGAGAUCUGGAAUCCCAGGGACGAUUGGGUGCAAGAGAAUGUAAUCUUGGGAGGAGAAGGAAGAUCAAUCGAGGGCCUUGCAUGGUGCAGUGUUGCUGGCGAGCCAUUGAGAUUGUUUUCAAUUGGUGGAUCCACUGUGGUUACUGAGUGGGAUUUGACAACAGGUUUGCCUCUUGUGAACUACGACUGUAAUUCCGGUGUGAUUUGGUCAAUCGCCAUGAGCAAUGAUAUGACGAAGCUUGCGGUUGGUUGUGACAAUGGAAGUGUCGUGUUGAUCAACAUUAGUGGUGGUAAGGGUGUUCUUGAACAUGAAAGCAUUCUAACGAGACAAGAGUCUCGUAUCUUGUCAUUGACGUGGACUGCAAACGACGAAUCUUUAGUAGCUGGUUGUUCUGACGGAAGAAUUAGAAUAUGGUGCACUAAGGCAGAGGAUCCUAACAAAGGACGUGUAUUGCAUACCAUGAAGGUGGACAAAUCUAAGAAGGAAUCAACCCUUGUCUGGUCCGUGUUAUACCUUGCCAAACAAAACCAGAUUGUGUCCGGUGAUUCUACUGGGUGUAUCAAAUUCUGGGAUCUAAACUAUGCCACAUUAACCCAAUCCUUCAAGGUUCACGAUGCCGAUGUUUUAUGUUUAGCCACCGACUUGAACAAUACCCAUUUAUUCACCAGUGGUGUCGAUAGAAAGAUCUUCCAAUUUUCAUACAUUGACACGGGCAAAACGAUGAAAUGGAUCAGUACCUCCAACAGAUUAUUCCAUUCAAACGAUGUCAGAUCAAUGUGUUCCUACCAAUGCAAGGGUUCUGAUUUUUUAGUGUCUGGUGGUAUCGAAAAGAGCCUUGUAAUGUGCUCCAUGUCUUCAUUCGCUGAUGGUAAUUAUAGAAAGAUGCCAGUCGUUACCCCAUUCCACAAGAACAUUAUUGUCAAUAAACAACAAAGGCUACUUAUCAUGUGGCAAGAUAACAUAGUGAGGAUCUGGUACGUUGGAGAAGACGUUAAUGAAGUGAAAAAUUAUAAACUAGUCAGUAAAUUGGUUUUGAAAGACGAACAACAUAUCCAAACAUGCGCCCUAUCAACUGAUGGACAAGUCCUUUUGGUAGGUAGGUUGAGCACAACUAAGGUGUUCCAUUUACAACCAAGCGAAAGCAAACUAAAUGUUACAAAAUUAGAUAACGAGUUUCUGCUGAGAACUGGUUGCAAGUUUGCCAAGUUCAUUGAUGACUCCAAGUUCAUAAUGUGCUCUCAAAAUGACGAAAUAAUAAGAGUUGAUCUAGAAGAAGAUGAUGAUGAGAAGGUUGUGACGAUCGAGCUCCCAGAAAGUCCUGCAACAAAGUCGAGCUCUAAACUAACUUAUCUAAACACUGUCAACCAUCUAGAUGUACACGGAGGUUACGCUGUUGUUUCUAGAGGAACCGGCGCUCUAGAUGCAAUUGAUUUGGAAACAAAUGUAAGCAAAGUGUUAAUUCGUAUGAACAACUUCAUUACUGCAUUAUGCAUCACUCCAAGAACCACCGUGGUAGUAGUUACAUCAGAAAAUAAAAUCUAUGAAUUCAAUUUGAACUCGGAAAAGGAUCAACUAUUAACCGAAUGGUUUAAAGCCAACCAUGAGAACCUUCCUCAGCAAUUCAAUACAUUGAAGGGAAGAUGUACUGGAGUUUUCUCUGACGAACUAAACAAAGAUAAAGUGUGGUUCUGGGGAACUGACUGGUUGGUCAACAUUGACAUGUCUCUGGAUUUACCAGUAAGCAAGAGAAAGAAACAAAAGAAGCGUGGUCGCGACGGGUUGACCAUUUCCACAGACCCAUCUCAAAUAGAUGGAGAAGAGGAAGACGAAGAAGAUGAAGAACUUGAAGUAAAAGAGGACUACCUCUUGAAAACUCAAAAGGCUCAAUAUGUUUCAUCCAAAAAGAGAUCAGACAAGGCAUUCUUCUACACAGACAGAUAUAGACCAAUGUUGUUUGCCGGUAAGAUUGCUGAUGACGAAAUAAUCAUUGUAGAAAGACCAAACUUCCUAAUCUCUCAACAACCUGCAUUUGAAUUGGAAAAACUAGUGUUUUAA